AGUUGUUUUUCAUUCUGAAAGUUUAGCGUGUAAGUUACGCUCGAGUGACGCUUGCCGUUCGCGGAAAAACUUUCCUGUUUCGGCGAAAACGUCAUCUCGUUCAUUCGGGUUUCCGUUCUACAGCAAACAACACCCAUCGUGAAAAAAUGGCGGACGCAGCUCCAGCCCGUGGUGGAUUCAGAGGAGGAUUUGGUUCUCGCGGCGGUUCCCGUGGCGGCCGAGGACGCGGACGUGGUCGUGGCCGUGCGCCCCGUCGUGGUGGAAAGGAAGAUUCCAAGGAAUGGGUGCCAGUAACCAAGCUCGGUCGUCUGGUUAAGGAUUGCAAGAUCCGCACCUUGGAAGAAAUCUACCUGUACUCGUUGCCGAUCAAAGAGUUCGAGAUCAUCGAUUACUUCCUGUCCCGGGCGCUAAGGGAUGAGGUACUGAAGAUCAUGCCCGUCCAGAAGCAGACCCGUGCCGGUCAGCGUACCCGUUUCAAGGCCUUCGUUGCCAUCGGCGACAGCAACGGUCACAUCGGAUUGGGCGUUAAGUGCAGCAAGGAAGUAGCCACUGCUAUCCGUGGAGCUAUCAUCCUGGCUAAGCUUUCCGUCGUCCCGGUUCGCCGAGGCUACUGGGGUAACAAGAUCGGUAAACCCCACACCGUUCCGUGCAAGGUUAGCGGCAAAUGUGGUUCCGUCCUUGUCCGUUUGAUUCCGGCUCCCCGUGGUACCGGUAUCGUAUCGGCUCCGGUUCCCAAGAAGCUGCUGCAGAUGGCCGGUAUCGAGGAUUGCUAUACCAUGACCCGUGGCUCGACCACGACCCUCGGUAACUUUGCCAAGGCUACCUAUGCAGCCAUUGCCAAGACGUACGCUUUCCUGACCCCGGAUCUGUGGAAGGAUCUGCCGUUGAUGAAGACCCCGUACCAGGAGUUCGCCGACUUCCUGGAGAAGACCAGCAAGACCGGCCAGCGCAUUAUCGAGCUGUAAAGCAAACAAGUACCACAGUAGAUAGUUUCCCACCAUGAUUUCCCAACUGCAAAUGGGAAUGAUUUGGGGCUACAAUAAAAAAUGGCUUGUUUUGUGGCGAGAACACAAAAUCUGAA